AUGGUGUGUGUUUGUGUGCGGCAGGCGCGCGGCGUGCCGGCGCACGAGCGCGUGUACACGCUGCGCGCGCGGCCGCCGCGGCCGCCGUCACUGUUGCCGCCGUCGCCGCUGAGCCUGGCGUCGUCGGGCGACAAGUCGCUGGCGGCGGCGGCGCGCUCGCCCUCCCCCCCGCCCGGCGCUCCCGUGCCCCCCACCGCCAGCUUCGUGUGCUACGUGUGCGGCGUGCCGGCGCCCAGCAGCCAGCUGCGGCUCGUCUACUGCUGCGCGAACCCCGAGCGCGAGCCCUACUACCCCUUCAUCACCGCGCUCAAGCCGCACCCCGAUGCGAGCCCCAUCAGUCCACAGGGAAUGGUACAAAUAUGUGCUUCGUGCUACAAGAGCAUCCCGCACAAAUACCCCGCGUACGGCGAGAACGGAGAGCCGAACGCCGCACACAAUAACACGCAUACAAACAAUAUUAGGUUUAAGCCAUACGAUAUGAAGAGUUCUAGUUCCAGUCAAUCAAAUAAGCGGCCCUCUAACGCGCUCUCGAGUAGUCCACACAGCCAAAUUAUCUCCGGGGAAAAUGGCAUGGGAUUGUACAGGUGCUACGUGUGCGCGGGCCUGUUCCCGCAGCAGUCGAUGGAGUGGCUGUCGACGACCGCGGAGUACAUGAACUCGCACGCGAUGCACUUCCCGUGCCUGGUGUCGGCGGGCGCGGGGGCGGGCGCGGGCGCGGGCGGAGGGGCGCGCGGCGGGCGCGUGCUGGCGUGCUCGCGCUGCGUGCGCCACCUGGCGCGCCAGUGGGAGCUCAUGGACGCAGAGCGCGUGCCGCUCGAGCACCGCAGGUACAACAUCCCAUCGCCGCUUCCAUCGAAUUCAUCGUUGAAUGGCGAGCGAGUAAUACCCACCCCACCUUCAACCACGUCGGAUAGGACCGUCGCCAGUAAUAGUGUUUGUACGUCAAUAUAUUGCUUUCUAUGCGGGUUACAUUCGGACUUCACGCUGGCGCGGAUAUUGUACGGCCAACCUCAGGGCAACGCGCCCUACUUCCCUUGUUUAUUGACUCAUCAGAGUCACCCCAACGCUGAGCAGUUAAGGGAAAACGGCUCGGCUCUAGUCUGCACUUUUUGUUACCAUUCACUGCUAAGUCAGUGGAGGAGGUACGAGGCGCUGGGCGGGUACCCGGCGGAGAGACGCGUGUACAACACGCACGACUACCACUGCCAUCUGUGCGGCAUCAAGACUUAUAGGAAGCGAGUGCGGGCGCUGCCCAUUAAGGAAUUUCCAUUUUUAGUUCAAAGGCGGAAUGAAAAUUCAUUGUUAUUAGAAAAUGGCGACUACGCAGUAGUAUGCUUAGACUGUUACGAAAGUUUAAGGACGCAGGCGCAGGACUAUGAGCGGCGCGGCGUGCCGGUGGACAAGCGCGAGUACAACUGGCUGCAGCAGCCGCCGCCGCCCGAGGACAGCGCUGACGUCACCAUCGCGCGCCUGCCCUCCGGAGACCGCUCCGACAAACUGAUCCCUCAAUCCCUGGUGGUGUCGCGGAGUUCAUCAAAGCGGAAUAGCCCAAAGCAAACGACAACGUUGCCCGACAGAAGACUGGCGUCCACAAAGAUGGAGAAACUAGAUCAAGGUGUGAGCGCGAACAAGAUCGCGAAGCGAACGGAUCUCGCCCCAAACAAGGGUGGUCCGUUCGCGGCGGCGUUGCGAACGCUCGCCAAGAACGCUGGCCCCGACGCCAAGGACGGGACGGCGACGGUUGAUCGGGAGGCGAAGGAGAAGCCUCCGGCACCAUCGAAACGCGCCUCACCACAUCAUCUGCCUGCUAGUGGGUUCCAGCCCUAUCGGCCUGAUGACAGACUAACUCAUCCAGCGGCGGCAUCAUUUCCCCUUCUGGAACCUACCGCAUAUUCCCCUUACGCUCAUCCCGGUCUGUAUUCGAGUGCGGCGUUGCAAUACAGGCUAGCGGCGGAAGAGCAGAUGUAUUUGGAGCGGAUGUUCCGCAGCGGGGUAGGUGUGGGCGUGGGCUGGCUGCCGCCGUACGCUCUGUACCCACCGCUGGCCCCACCACUGCCGCUGGUGCCGCACGCGCCACACCCCGCGCACGCUGCGCACGCCGCGCACGCUGCGCACGCGUCGCACGCCGCCCACGCCUCCCACGCAGCACACGCAGCGCACGCCGCCCACGCAGCCCACGCGGCGCAUGAAGAACGGGAUAAGGAGUUAGCGCUGCAGCGGGAACGGGAAAGAGAGCGAGAGAGGGAGAGGGAGCAGCGGGAUAAGGAGCAGAGGGAGCGAGUCGCCCGAGAAAAGGAGUCGCGGCGUGAAGAGCAGCGCUCACUGCAGCAGCGCGCGCAGCGCUACCGCCCCUACCGCCACGACGCGCCCGCCACGCCGCACGCGCCGCCACACGCCUCGCCGCACGCCGCGCCGCACGCCUCCCCGCACGCCACGCUGCACGCCCCUCCACACGCCCCACUGCACGCUCCGCCGCACGAGCCCGAGCGCGGUGAGAGUGCAGACGCGCCCGCGUGA